UAAAAAAAUCGAAUUUCUACCUAAAUUUGUAUCUGGAGAUGCGUAUGAAACUGUGAAAAGAAUGGCUGGAUGUUCUUACCCGGAUAUUAUACUGAUUUUGCAACAUAGAUAUGGUCAGCCUGCCACAGUUGCUGCCUCUUGUAUUGAGUCCCUGACAUCUGGUCCAAAGUUGACAAACGAUGACUACAAAGGAUUACGUAACUUUGCCGAACAACUUACGUCAUCAGUGAAAAGGCUUGAAGACGAAUACGAACAAGAAGCGAGCACGACAUCGAACUUAAAUUUGAUCGCUUCGAGGCUACCAAACUACCUGUUUAACAAAUGGGGAGACGUAUCGUUCACGAUUAGAGAAAAGGGAAGAAAGCCACGACUCGAGGACCUAGCUAAAUUCGUGAAAAGGCAAGCGGCGAUCAAAAGUGAUCCUGCGUUCAUUUGGAUCAACCACAGGGAAAAACACGGACGGGAAAUAUAAGCCAGGGAGAUGGCGCGGGCGGAAAAACGAAGACCCCAAAACAGACAAGGAAACCCAGCAUACACUACCGAUUUUGAGAAAGGAAAGAUUGAUGGAACUGGUGAUAAUGAUAAUGAUAAUAAGCGCAAGAAAUCUAACUGGCCGAAUUGUCCAUGUUGUUCACGAUCACAUGAGCUCGCCUUUUGCCCGAAAUUCCGAAGGAAAGAAGUAAAUGCAAGAUGGGAUGUCGUCAAGAAGCAAAAACUAUGUCACGUCUGCAUGAAAGCUGGACACUUCAGAGAAAACUGCCGGUAUGUUGAAUUUUGCCCUUGUGGUAGUCAGAGAAAACAUAAUUUGCUGCUACAUAAUACAAAGUCGAACGAAAAUAAGAAAGAAAUGAAAGAUGAAAAGAAAUUAUCGGAGGACCAUAAGGAAGUCGAUCCUGACAAGCAAUCGGCGCAAGAAAAGAAGACGGAGCAAUAUGCGACAAUAACAAAUACUACUUCAAAAUUUGUGUUACUUCACGUAGUUCCUGUGAAAGUGCUCUCUCCGCAAGGAGUAUCCGUGACAACAUUCGCACUUUUAGACAACGCCUCUCGCGGUACUAUGAUAAGUUCAGAAUUGGCGAAAGAGUUGAAUCUUCGUGGAAGGAAAGAGACAAUUUUAGUUAACACUUUAUUGCAACAAGAAAGUCAGGAAUUCGAAGUGGUAAAGUUUGAUCUGCAACAUGCGUCUUCAGAUGGUGAGAAAAUCAAAGUUCAAGAGGGCCUAGUAUCCAAGAAGUUCAACAUCGCCGAGAGAUGCUUACCAAAGGAUAUCGACAGAAAUCAGUAUCCGCAUUUGGCUGACCUUGACAUACCUGACGUUAACCUUGCAAAUGUCUCGGUAUUAAUUGGUAAGGACGUAGAGCGAGCACACAACAUUUUUGAAAUUCGUAAAUCGAAGAGACCUGGACGACAAAUGCAAGGGCAACGAGGCCUUCUAGGGUAGGUUAUUACAGGUGUUUCAACGAAAACAGACAUCAGCGUUAAUUUCACUGACCGUGAUAAAACGCUACUUGACCAAAUUGAGAUCUUUUGGAAUAUAGAAGGCUAUGGAACAAGAGCCAUUAGACCCAGAAAGGACGAAGAACGUCACCUUUCGACCGAAGGUAUGUCGAAAGAAGAUGAGCGUGCACAGAAGAUAUUAGAUCAAACGUUCACAAUGAAAGAUGGUCAUUAUGAAACAGGCCUCCUAUGGAAGGCUGAUGACACAGUUUUGCCUGACAACAGACGUGUCCCAAAUAUUAACUGAUUUAAUUUCAUUAUAAACAAUAGAACAUAGUGACAUGGCAACACAUUGUUUUCCAGCAUUGGAUCUAAACAUUAAUUGAUCACCUUGGUGAAAGUCGGCAUAAACUGUAUAAGUACGGUCAACUAUUUCAUUAAUAUUUCUAGGACCUGGAUUUUCCUCAACAUCAUUUGAAAGUCUUAAUAGUAAUGGUACAUGAACAUGAUAAUAUACCAUCUGUGCAUACCACAUGCACACCUCAUUAUAUUUUUCAGUUUUAGUCACUAGAUUUUUAAGACAUGGCAAGUAACAUACUUUAAACAGAACAUCAUCAACAUUUGAUUCCAGAGUUUCCUUUCAGUCGAGAUAUUAACAUUUUUCCUUGUGUAAAAUUAUGGUGUGAACCAAUUCUUGAACGAUAUAUCUCAAUUGCUAUACCCAUAUUUUUCAGUCAAGUCUAACAGUCAAAGUUGUAUUGUGUUCUAGUUUGUAAAUCGUUCACCUGCAAGUUGGCAG